AUGGACCGCGCGCAGGAGGAGAUCCGCAUGGCGUUGGACGCCUACCACCGCGAGCUGGCCAAGCUCAACUCCGUGUCCUGCCCCACGAGCGCGGCGGCGGGCCUCCCGGGGCUGCCCGGGCUUCUCGCGCUUCAGCAGCAAGCCCUCAACCAACAGCAGCAGCAGCAGCAACAGCAGCAGCAACAGCAACAGCAGCAACACCAGCAGCACGCGCAGUUGAACGGCGUGGCGCAGGACCUGUCCAUGCCCAAGGACCGCAGUAAGGAGCCCGGCAAGGACAAGCUGCCCAACGGAGAGCUGCUCCUGGACGCCGACAAGAAGGACGGCGUGGCGGCGGUGGCGGCGGCGGCCGCGGCGGCUAGCGUCAUGGACUCGGUCGCCGACGUGCUGCGGCACGCCGGCAGCGCCUUCUCGCUCGUCCGGCCCAAGGUGGAACCUGGCGCGGGCGGCGCGCCGGCCGGCGGCCAGCCGUCCACCACAGGCAGCAGCACGGGCAGCAGCCCGCUGAGCAAUUCCAUCCUGCCGCCAGCCAUGACGCCCGCCGACGACUUCGUGGGGUCCGCGGCGGCCAGCCCGCUGCAGCGCAUGGCCUCCAUCACCAACUCGCUCAUCUCGCAGCCCACCACGCCCACGCACCACAGCCCCUCGCAGCGCCCGCUCAAGGCCGUGCUGCCGCCCAUCACGCAGCAGCAGUUCGACAUGUUCAACAACCUCAACACCGAGGAGAUCGUCAAGAAGGUGAAAGAAGCUCUCAGCCAGUAUUCCAUCAGUCAGAGACUCUUUGGAGAAUCUGUGUUGGGUCUCUCCCAAGGGUCGGUCUCAGAUCUCCUAGCCAGACCAAAGCCGUGGCACAUGCUCACCCAGAAGGGUCGAGAGCCCUUCAUCCGAAUGAAAAUGUUUCUGGAAGACGAAAAUGCGGUGCAUAAGUUGGUUGCCAGCCAGUACAAAAUCGCCCCUGAGAAGCUGAUGCGGACCGGCAACUAUGCCGGUGGGCCUCCUUGCACUUUGGGCAAACCACAACCUCCUGUAUCAAAAAUGACAGGCCAUGACAGUUUAGCUGCCAAGGCGGGCCAUCUGGGUGGAGGUGAUGGACAAAGUGGACCUGGUAGUGGACCACCUAUUCUUCCCCCUUCUCUCCAACAGAUGGUUGCAGGAGGACAUCCAACCUCCCAAGGAGCAAAUUCUGUUCCUCCUCCUCCACCCCCUCUCUUGGUCACUCCUCCAGGACACCAUCCCCUAGCGUCGUCUUUACCCGCUGAUCUCAAAAAGCCACAUUCUCAGGGUCCCAAUCCCCAUGGCUUGCACCCCCACCACCAGCAACAACCUCCUCCAGGAGCUCUGCGGGCCAUGCAACAACACAUGACUCCCUCCGUCUAUGAGAUGGCUGCUCUCACACAGGACUUGGACACUCAAGUCAUUACCACAAAAAUUAAGGAGGCCUUAUUAGCCAACAACAUUGGGCAGAAAAUAUUUGGAGAGGCUGUACUUGGACUGUCUCAAGGGUCAGUUUCUGAGCUCCUCUCAAAACCAAAGCCAUGGCAUAUGUUGAGCAUCAAGGGGCGAGAACCUUUCAUCCGCAUGCAGCUCUGGUUGAGUGAUGCCAACAAUAUUGAUCGCUUGCAGGCCUUAAAGAACGAACGGCGAGAAGCAAAUAAGAGACGUCGCAGUAGUGGACCUGGUCAUCAUGGUGGAAGCAGUGGAGGAGGUGGAGGUGCUGACAACAGCAGUGAUACCUCUUCAAAUGAUACAUCCGAGUUCUACCAUAGCCCCAGUCCAGGACCUGGUCCCCCAUCAGCAAAGAAGCAACGUGUGCUAUUCUCCGAAGAGCAAAAAGAAGCAUUGCGUUUGGCUUUUGCUUUAGACUCUUAUCCUAGCAUGCAAACUAUUGAAUUCUUAGGGUCUGAACUUGCUUUAUCAAGUAGAACCAUAACCAAUUGGUUCCACAAUCAUCGGAUGAGGUUAAAGCAACAAGUACCUCAUGGGAUGUCCCCUGACAAUUCCAACAUGCCACCUGUGAGUAGAGAAGGAGGGUCUUUUGAUCCUGUCCAGUUCAGGUUAUUGCUGAACCAAAGAUUGUUAGAACUCCAAAAAGAGCGAAUGGGACUUGGUGGAGUUCAUUUACCUUAUUCUCCAUAUUUUGCUGCAAAUAAUAACCUUGCAGCUCUUAUGGGUCGUGGACUUAUGCCUCCAGGAGAGUGUGACUUGGCAGGUAAUUUAGGAAGUGUUGGAGCUGGAAAUAAGGAACAGUUCAGUGGUUUGGACCUUAGUAUGAGUGGUUUGAAGAGAGAACCUGACUUUGAAGAUGAAGAAGAUGUAGAUAGUAAUGUAGGGAGUGAGGACUCUAAUAUGUCUAGCAGUAGCUUGCGAGAAACAACAGUGAAAAAGGAAUCCACUGUUGUCUUACCUCCAACGAUAGGGCCGGGGGCAGGGAGAUCCUCUCGACGUAAACCUGCGGCACCACAGUGGGUGAACCCCGAGUGGCAGGAAGUGUCUGGUGCUGUUGAAGAGGGUAAGGAGAAAAGUGGGGACAAAGAGGUUAUAAUAAAUGGUGUUUGUGUCAUGCAAACUGAUGAUUAUGGCAUAUCUAAGAUGUCUAAAGAUGAAGAAACAGUUCGUGUGGAACCAACACCAGUUAUGGAUCGAUAUGAAGAUGAUGAUGAGGAAGACCAAUGUAGUGAUGCCUCAUCAGAGCCUGAAAAUCAGAAUCUUGAAACUGCAACUCCAACUACACCUCCUGAAGGAAUUAUUCCACCUGUUCGAUCAGCGGAUCAAGGUGAGCCUGAGGACGAAGGUCGAAGUAAUAAAUCUGAACCCUCUUCACCACUUUUCAAAGAAGAAGAAGAUUCAGCUCCCCAGGUGCAAACAGAACCAGCGUUAACAGCUGUCAAACAAGAAAUGGAGGACCAGGACACGUCAACAAAUGACCAAUCGAAAGGUGACUGGGACGAAAAUUCUUCUAAGCAGGAUGCUUUAGACAAAUUACCCAAAAUGAUCAAGACAGAAAGUCGGCAAGAUGAUGGUUGGGAAUAUUAAGUGAGAGCAACAAUUAGUGAAGUGCUGUGUAAAAUAUUUGCAAAUCUUGAGGAGAAAGAAUGAACAUCUUACAAAGAUAGAAAACUUCCUCCAAAAAAUAAUUUGUGAAAGAAAAAUGUGCAAUCAUCGAAGUUAAUACUUGUUUUUAUUAUUGUGAUUAUCAUUGAUUAUUAUCUUUACUAUUAUUGCUAUUAAAAUUUUGUUUGUUAAAAAGUAGGAUGAAAAAGAAUUUUAAGAAGUGUGCCGUUAUUUCUUCUUGAAAGAGGUAAUUAUUACUAGAUUUUUAAAUUAUCAUCUUACUCUCUGAAAAAGAGUAAGUAAACUGUAAAAAGGAACUUUUACCAUUAAUUUAUAAAAUAGUACAUAAGACUGUUAAUUAUCUCAACAUCUGAUAGCCAAAAAUUAAUACUAAAGGCAAAUUAUUUGCCACGAAAACUUCUUACUUAAUGUGAUAAAGAGCUUAUAAGUAUCAAAGAAACAGAAACAAACAAACAAAACAAUGCUUGUGAAUGUAUUUAAAUGACAAACUGAGAUACAAAAUUGUGUGUGUGUGGAUGCCUGAGAUUUUUGAAGAUCUGUUAUAUACUAUAUAUACAUAUAAAUAUAUCAAUGAGAAGGCCCCAGUGAGUUAUAAAAUAUAUAGGUAUAUAUAUUGCAGACUUUGGCACUUUGAAAAAGAUUCUUAUCCAAUGUAAUUACAAAAACUUCUCUGCAUUUUUCCAGACUGUUUAAAUGUUGAAUAUAUAUUUUUUUGUUUUGUUUUAUGUGAAGGGCAGUUUAAACUACUAUUAAGGUUUGAGACGAUAUACUUUGUACAUAGGAAUUAUAGCAUGAUUUGAUGCUUCUGAAUAAAAGAAUUGUAUUGAUAGCACAAUUUAUUGAUGGAACAAAAUGUUCUUUGAAAUAUUGCUGCAUAUGUGCAUUUAUUGUGCUUGAUUGACAUUUUGUUAUUUACUAAUGAAUAUUCCAAAUUUUUUUACUAUACAUGAAGAAUAAGAAGAAUUAGACUUUUGUUUUCUUUUUCAUGAUGUUCCAAAUGAGUUACUUUUUUAUGAAAUUUGUGAAAUUACUUUGUGAAAAACUGAAUAAUAUAUAGUUGCAUGAUUAUUGUUGUUGCUAUUUAGAAUCGAAAAUUUGCAAGUUUUGGCAUUUUUUAUUAUAAUGUAUCUAGUUGAAAAAAUUUUUGUCUUGAAGAUGAGCUCUCUUUUUUUAAACUUGUUAUUAUAUGGAACUAAUUAAUACAAUCACUUAUAUGCUAGAAAGAAGAAAAUUUUACUUGCAUUUGUUUCUUUAUGCAUUGCCCUUUUUGCCUGUUACCGCUAGUCUUCUUAAUGGAAAAUUUUCUAGUCCAUUUGACCAGUUAAUAAAUUUUCAGUGGGCAUGCAAUAAAUGGAGCUUAUACCAUGAUGGUUUUCAUUCAUGUUCCCUGCUUUUGUAUUUUAGGUAAUAUAAAGUAAUUUGCUAAUUGUAGCACAAUUUAUAAAUUAAUAUCUUCUUUUUAGGCUAAUUAUGAAAAAUAUAAGUUUUUAUAAAAAAAUGUUCAAAAUUGAUAUAAACUGUCACAUACAAUGUGUACAUAAUGAUCAAAUAAUAGAAGUUUGCUUUUUCUUGUGACUGAAAGGAUCCAGACAUAUCUUUCCUUGUAAAAAAUUGGGGAACAGAGGAAUUGAGCGUGUAAGUCAUUUUAGGAUGGAGAUGAAUGAUUUGUAACUCUAGUAAUAAAUUUGAUCAGUAUAUAUAGCCACAGUGUACAGUAAAAUCUGCUCAGAGCAUUCUGGAAAAUAAUAUUUAUGUAAAAUGUUAGGUAUUAAUCUCUUCAUGGAAAGGUAUGUUCUGACUUCUUUAUCUCUACAAUGCUAAACAUUUGCUGUUGUUACAACAUUUGGAUCAAUUUGAUGUUAUUUAUAUUAUUUGCAGUAUAAAAAAGAUCUCAUUAUUUACCAAAACUUGGUUAUCAAUUGCUGCCUGUGUUCUGAAGAUUAAGAGCAUACUGUUUUAACUUUAAGUAUUUGAAAUCAGACAUCCAGAGUUUUGGAAAUUACAAUUUUUUUUGUAAUACCGAUUUAUUUGUAUGUUAGGAUUUGAUAUUCAUUCUGUAUUUAUUUUUAAUUGUGUUAAAUUAUAUUUUGCUAGAUGAAUCUGUUACUGUAUUCAUUUUUGUGUUUGCAGUUGAUUGACUUACUUUGUAAAUAUUUUCUUUUCUGUUUUGCUGAAACAAGCAAAUAGUCUUAGUACCAUGUACUAUUUUGGUGUUUUGCAUAUUUUCUGAAGAGAACAUUAAACAACUUGUGUUUAACUGGUAAUGAGAGCUGGUGUACAUUUGAAGUGAAAAUAGAAAGUAUGAGUAUUAAUGUAUUACAAACAUCUCAAAGAGAGUAAUGCAUUGUAAUGUGAUGACAAGUAUCAAAGAGCUUUCUCAGAAACUUAAACAUUCUUAUUAAUUCACUCAGUUAUACUCUUGUGAAGUAUUGGCAAAUGGGCAUUACAAAACGUAUGAAGUACUAUUUGUGAAAUUGGAAAAAGGUAGUGUAUGGUGAUAGGGAUAAAUAUUUUAUGAAAAUCUCCCUGUAUGAUGUAAAUGUAAAAGACUACUCUGAUAAAAAAUUGAUUCUAAAACACUAUGGAUGUAACAGGGCAUGGAUUCUUGUAUAAACAGUGUAGUGACUGCAAGAUAUUUAAAUGUAUUGUGCAUUUUUAUCAAAAAUAAUUAGUUUCCGUUUAUGGCCAAUAAUGCUUAAUUCAUAUUCAAUACACAUUUUCCUACUUCUUUGUGUUUAUGGUGGUAAUUUUCCCCAGUUUUGGGCAAAAGUUAGAGAAAUAUUUGACUGUACUGCAUGAUAUGCGAGUUUCAAAUUGACUUGCAUCACAAGUUUGUUUUGUAUUGCCUGCUUGACAGUCUUUGACUGACAAUAUUCCUGAAUUAUUUCCACAAUAACACAUUAAUUUUCAGAAGACACUUUGUGAAUGUUUCAACAAUGGAUAGUGUGCACAGUAUAGGUGAUGAAAGAAAUUAAUAAAUAUUGUCUAUUAUACAGGAUAAUUAAAUUGUUCUUUCAUUAUUAUAUAUAAGUAUAAAAAGUGUACAUUAUCAUAUAUAUAUUGAUAAAUUUAGGCAACAUUGUACAGAUGAGCACAAGUUACAUAGUAAGAAUGUGUAUUAUCUCUUCCAAUGUUUUUUUUUAAACAAAGGAAUUAUUCCAGUUUAUUAUGUAAUUGUGCCCGUGUCUUGCCCUCCAUCCUUCCACAUCCCUUAUCCUUCACCCCUUUCAUCCAUUAUCGUAUUCGAAUUGUAAAUAUUUUAGACAUUAUUAAGAGAAACGAAUAUUUGUAGAUUUGUAUGUCUUACAAAAUGAAAUGGCAAACAAAUGGAGAAAAUACGUAAACUAGGGCAUUUUGUGGGUGGUUAAUAAUGAAGGUCUGUGAGGCUUUUCUUUACUGAAUAAGGCUAUGCCAUAUGUUCAUGAUCUUAUCAAUUAAUUUAUGUAAGAAUUAUUGACGGAAAAUGAUGGAUUGGGUGUUACAAGAACAAUGAAGUACAAUUCUUCUGUAAGCAACACCUCAAUUGAUUUAUCAUUAUUUUCACUUUGUUAUUUCAAUGAUGUUUUCAAAAAACAUACAACAUGAGAACAUAAUGUCAUUGUUAUCAAAGGAAGGUAUAGAAGGCAUGAAAUGUUUUGCAUGUUUAUGAGAAACUUUUGAAAAGAAGUGCCCAAAUCAUACUACCAAAAAAAAAGAGAAAUAUAUACAUAUAUAUUAGUUUCUCAUUUAAUAAUAUUCAUUAUUGCUUGGCAUCAUAAUGUACAUAUUUAUAUUCAUAUCAUUGUGACCUUUUAAGAUUUCUAAUAUUAAAAAUUUCUCUG